AGUAAACGCGUGUGAUGGGCGCAAGACGAAAGUAAUUGCACUAGGAGGAUCAUUAGCCUAAGCGUUUGCUGUCAGUGGAUAGGAUUCUCUCGGUAUAGAAUAAAGCAGCUUUGGUAAUUAAGUGUUGAUCUAAUGAUCUCUAUUAACAACCUGCAAAACACCACAGCGUCGAAGCAACUCCGGGUGGGAACGUGUUUCCGAUAGGAGAUUGCGUAUCUCGGUAUUGUAUCAGUAUUGAGAAGUGUUUAAAUCGUAUAAAAAUCUGGAAAAGAACAACAGUCGGACUGCAACGGUUAGAAGCGGCGCGUGCGCGAGUUGAAAAUGAAACUGAUAGCAAGUGCUUUUGUUGUGAUUUUAAAUUUAGUCGUGGUGUUGGCGGAGCUUGCACCGGUUUUGGAAGUGUGCAGCAAAAAUGAUCCCCAGUUGGCACAAUGCAUCAUAAAGGUGGUUGACAAAAUACGGCCAAACAUCGCCAAUGGAGAUUACGGAGGUGGACGAAUGGCUCCGAAACUGGAUCCAUUCUCCAUCGAGAAGUUAGAUAUUGAUCGUGGAGCAAGCUUUCGUGCCAAGAUGCGGAAUGUGAUCAUCGAUGGACUAAGCAACUUUGUGAUCAAGAAAAUUCGUCCCGAUUUGGAAAACAAACGCUUCCACAUCAUAGCAAAAAUUCCCAACUGUUUUGUCCAUGGAAAGUACGAGCUGAACAUGAACAUCCUCCUUUUGAAAAUCGCCGGCAAAGGAGAUUUCAAUCUGACACUAGAUGACACGUUGGUAAAUCUCAAGGUCCAAUACUAUCUGGAACCGAAGGAUGGCAAGUCCUACACAAAGUUCCAUCCGGUCGAUCUGAAGAUCAAGUUUGACAAGGCGAAGUUCUACCUGAAGAAUCUGUUCGGUGGAGAUCCAGCUCUGGAGCAGAUCGGUAAUCAAGCAAUCAACGCCAAUCCCCACCUCUUGCUGGACGAGGUGAAACCAGCCAUUCAGGAAAAUUUGAAAAUUUCGCUCACGAACAUUUCCAAUGCCGUGGUUGAUGGGGCGGAGGAGGAUGAGUUGCUUCCGGAGAAGAAACCAUAAUGUGAACCGUAAUGCAAAUCAGAAUAACGUGAGCUGUGAACAGUCCAAAAAAAGUGUUUGUUAGAAUGACCAAGUUUGUUUUUUAAUGUUAAUGGAUUUGUGUUUAGAAAUAAAGAAGUUGUUGUGAGGUGAAAUAUGAUCAUUUUCGAUCAAUUUUGACAAAAGAAACUGUCG